AUGGAGAUACCAAAUGGCAUCUUUUCACAUGUUCCUUUGGUCCACAUCCGUGAACUCUCGACCUACUGCUUGGAUGUUUUCUCUAGAAUCAGUGGUUCCCAAAGUGGGCGGUACCGCCCCCCUGGGGGCGGUGGAAAGAUCUGGGGGUGUGACUCCAAUUCUGUUCUGUGUGAUGAACUAAGAAACAUGAAGCAUGACAUUGCUUAUUUGGCAGAUAUAUUCACAAAGUUCAAUGAAGUUAAUUUGCAGCUGCAAGGAAAUGAGGCUAACCUAAUUAAAGUCAAAUCAGCUAUCUCCACCUUCCUGGCCAAGUUACAGUUAUUCAAACGAAACAUAGCUCGUCAUGCACUCUACCAGUUCCCAAGCCUCUCUGAAUUGGAUAAGGAAAAAGGCAUAUCAGACGAUGACCUUCAAGUGUAUUGUACACACCUGGAUGAACUGCACAGAGACAUGUCUAAGAGAUUUGAGGACAUUUUAUUGCUUGAAAUACCAGACUGGGUGAUCAAUCCAUUCCUAAAUGUCAACGGUGAGGAAACUGGAGUGGCAGAGGAAGAACUGAUUUAA